UUCAGAAGGCACUACUCCUCCGGCUGCGCACGUGGAAACAAUACAGUUGCAGCUGCGGUUCCAUAGCACGCGCUUUAUGAACACUUUCAUCCUGUUAUGUCUCGAGCCCAAUGCUGUCAGGAGCGGCACCUCUCAUGUUUUUUUCACAGCCCUCGCGCGGACGGAGAAACAUUUUGUGAAGCGAAAGACUUGCCGAGAAUGAGUCCCGCAUAACUCCGGGUUUUGUUGUUAUCUACCCCCUCCUUUCUCUUUAUUUCCCCCCUGUCCCGCGUUCUCCAAGUUGAGUCAUAAGUAUGGUAGAUAAAGGCCCCUUGUUGACUUCUGCCAUUAUUUUUUACCUGUCCAUUGGGGCAGCAAUUUUUCAAGUCUUGGAGGAGCCCAAUUGGGUGCGAGCUGCAAACGACUAUAGUACCCAGAAGGAUACAAUACUUAAGAAGCAUCCCUGUCUGACGCAAGAUGAUUUGGACUACAUAUUAGAGGCGGUCUCAGAUGCUGCAGGCCAAGGGGUCACCAUCACUGGCAGCAAAACGUUCAACAACUGGAACUGGCCCAAUGCUGUCAUCUUUGCUGCCACUGUUAUCACCACUAUCGGAUAUGGAAACAUUGCUCCUAAAACGCCAUCAGGCAGAGUGUUUUGCAUCUUCUACGGGCUGUUUGGGGUACCUUUAUGUCUUACCUGGAUAAGUGAGCUGGGAAAGUUCUUCGGUGGCAGAGCCAAGCACCUGGGCCAGUUUCUAACAAAGAAAGGGUUUUCACUGAGAAAGGCUCAGUUUACCUGCACAGCUAUAUUUCUCCUCUGGGGGGUGCUGGUCCAUUUGGUCCUUCCACCUUUUGUAUUUAUGUGGCAAGAAGGUUGGUCAUACAUUGAAGGCUUGUACUUCUCCUUCGUCACAUUGACCACUAUUGGUUUCGGGGACCUUGUAGCAGGUGUGGAUCCGAAUACGAACUAUCCAACUCUGUACCGAUACUUUGUGGAAGUCUGGAUUUAUCUGGGGUUGGCCUGGCUUUCUUUGUUCUUCAACUGGAAAGUACGGAUGGUGAUUGAGGCCCACAAGGCCCUGAAGAAACGCCGCAGGCUGCGCAAGCUAUCUCUCGAUGAGCUCCGGCACUACAAAGAGUCUCACAAGGCCUCCCUUCGAUUACCUCCCUCUCCCAAUGACGUCAACAUCUUCAGCUUCCUGUCCAAGAAGCAGGAAGGCUACAAUGACCUAAUAAAACAGAUCGGCACCAAAAAAGAUGGCAGAAGCAACGGCAAUAGUCCCAACGCGAUCAAUACAUCCAAAGAUAUUAAUCGGUCCAAGAGUUGCAAUGAUGCCCCCAUAUUUAACGGCCACACCAUCCUCAGCCUUGACCGUUCACCACGCCAAAAGAGACGAUACAGUUUCAGCGACCGAGUCACUGUUGCCUUCUCAAAGUCCAAGAACUACCUCCUGGGCUCGGACAAUGGUUUGCUGCUGACAGAGGACCAAGUAGAGGGAGACCUAGAACUCGACCAGUUCGAAAUGUAUGAGAACCAGCUUGACAAGGACGUGGAGUUGGAGAACGGAGGGGUGGGAGAUUGUGGAGCGGGUGGGCAAAGGAAUUGGGACUCUAAGGAUUACCAUCCGCUAACUUUCAAAAACGCAAACAUUAGUUUUAUAGACGAGGAGAACUUCCUCAGUAAUAACUUGGAGGGAGACGACGACGAUGAUGAUGAUGAUGAUGAUGAUUCCAAAGCAAAACUAUCCAUUACUACAUGUGAUGAAAACAUUGAAACGAACUCCAAGGAGGAGCCCACUUCUGAGUCUGAAGGGUCCGUGUUCACUAGUGACGGCUCGGAACAGUCCUAUGAGAAACUCGUAGAGGAAUAUGCAAAGGAAGAAAAUAUAGAAUCCUGAGACAGUCUUGAACUUUUUUAAAGUCAACACAUGUUCCUGGACCUCUGUUGUUGACUUGGCAGCCAUUGAAGUAUAUAUAUUCUAAUGUGAAUUGUUUAAAUGAAUAUCCCAUUGCACCUUUGGGAGUCUGAUAAUGAAGGACUCCAAAGAUAAGAUCACAUUUCAAAUGAAUGUUCUAGAUACAACAAAGAAAUGAAAAUCCAACAUCUUGAUGAGUAUGGACUAAUGAGAAUUUAACAUCUACUCUAUUUAUUUCUUUGAAUAUGGUUUGAUCAAAUAUAUGCCACUCGUAUUGUAAUGUCCAAACCAAGAACUAUUUACCAUGAAUGCUUUAUUUUCUACUCAUAAGAAAUGAUAUGUGGAAACGUAUUUAAUUCCCAUAGUUUCUUCUAUUCAUAAUCACCAUAUUGGUGUUUUUAUAAUAUUUAUUCAAAUGAAGGACAGGGUAGCUUUUUAUUUUCAAUGGCUACGUGGGUUUAUAUUACUCCCAUUGCACAAUUCCAUCACAUGAGGACAGUUCAAAAGUCUUUUACAUUGCAGACUGUAUUUUUGAAACAUCAAUCAAUAGCUUACGGGCCAACUGUCCUUUUUUCCAUUGGUAUAUCACUUGUUUCUUCUGUGAAGUCCUUGAUGAGUUGUUGUGUCUGACACUUCUGUUUUGACUGUAAGCAAUAGAGUUGUGACUGCACUAGAGGUUGUCAGUGACAUCUGGGAGUCUAGAAGCAUCCAAGAGAAAAAUUGGAAAGGAAAGAAAAAAGCCUCAAUGGCAACAAUUUGACACAAACUUAUUUGACCGUGUGACAAAAAACGACUUUGUAAAUCAUCCUUCCAUUGUGACAUAUAGCUAAAAAUUGGUUAAUUAAGCGGGUGUUAUUGUUGUUUUUCUGCUGACUGCAUUUUGGGCAAUCUACCAUAGCAGUGCGGUGAACUUAACUUUUACAGCUUCAAUAUUCUCCCUUUUUUUGCCUCUUUAGCACCCUUUCACUUCAUUGUAUUUGCCAUGUAAAUAUUGUCUGAAAGGCCGUCAGUAGCCACAGCUCUGCUCAGGACGUGGCCUCGCUGCUCAUGUUUGCCUUUGGGGGCUCGCACUGGCAUGAAAAACUGAAGUACCGCUUAGCACAGCACCCAAGGUUAAAUUAUAACCGAUCAAUGCUCUGUUGACGUACGUUUCAGUCAGGAGACAGUCGGCAGUAUUGGUGCGCUCUAUAACUGUAUAUUAUUUACCCCUCAAGGGACCAAUGUCCAUUGCUUUUCACAGUCCCACUUUUAAAAUGUCCCACUGCUUAUUGCACACAGAAACUUGAAACAGUGUUACAGUGAAUGGGCAGUAUCAAACAGGGCUACUUUGAAUUUAAUACUCCUAUUUCAAGCCAGUUGGAUAAUAUACUGUAAAUAAAGUCCAAUAUUAGUAUUAUUAUUUUGUGAACAAGAACUCGUCAUGUUAACUCCUAUCUCUGCCUCACAAAUGACUGCUAUUAAGUGAAAAUGCCUGUAAAGCAGAGGCUAUACAGUACAGUGUAACAUCUGUUGAAUGUACUCUUAAUGACUCACUGAAAAGAUGACUUACUUCACACUGGGUGUCUUUUAUUUUGUGACAGGGCCACCACUUUAUCCAUGUGAACUUUCCUUUUUCUCCUCCCUGGUUUUCCUGAAUGUGUCUGUUCAGCAUUGUUAUACAGCCAUGGUACUUGUCUGGACUGAAAUUCAAGCUUGUCUCUAGAUUAUAACUACGUACAGGUCAGGUUGGUUUCACCCAUUGUCACAAGGCUUUCACUUAAAGGGGCUUCAUUGUGUAAAACUCCAGUAGAGUUGUGUUUUUAGCUGUCUUUUUUUAUGAUUAAAUUAUUCAUGUGCAUGUGAUUUCUGAACAAAUGUGUACAUUUCGUGUAAAUAAACAUUUAAUAAAA